AUGCCACAGGCAAUCGACCACCCACAAUAUAAUUUUAGUGCGCUUUUCGGUCUGCGUUGCUCGCGUCUGCAUUAAAAAAAGCGGAAUUGGCAGCUAUAAAGUCCCAUAAAGUGUAUUCAACAGGCGAACGUUUUUUUCGCUUCGCUUUGUGACUUUUUUUUGUCACGCGUGCAAAAAAAAAAAAUUUCACCAACAAAAUUUGCUGCUGGGUUACAACAAAAAAGUGUGACGACGACGUCGACGUCGACGGCGGGACACUUUGAACAACAACAACAACAACAAUGAGCACCACAACGGAUUCAAAGGCGCCGCUGCGUCAAGUAAAACGCGUACAGUUUGGUAUUUUAUCACCUGAUGAAAUUCGUCGCAUGUCCGUUACGGAGGGCGGCGUCCAGUUCGCCGAGACCCUCGAGGGCGGUCGUCCGAAGCUGGGCGGAUUGAUGGAUCCGCGACAGGGUGUCAUCGACCGGACAUCCCGUUGUCAGACGUGUGCUGGAAAUAUGACGGAAUGUCCGGGACAUUUUGGUCACAUUGAUCUGGCCAAACCCGUCUUUCACAUCGGAUUCAUCACCAAGACCAUCAAGAUACUCCGUUGCGUCUGUUUCUACUGCUCCAAGAUGUUGGUCUCUCCGCACAAUCCGAAGAUCAAAGAGAUCGUGAUGAAGUCGAAGGGACAACCGAGAAAACGACUCGCCUACGUCUACGAUCUGUGCAAGGGAAAGACGAUCUGCGAGGGCGGCGAGGACAUGGACCUCACCAAGGACAAUCAACAGGUCGAUCCCAAUAAGAAGCCCGGACACGGCGGCUGCGGUCACUAUCAGCCCUCGAUAAGGCGAACAGGCCUCGAUUUGAGCGCCGAGUGGAAGCAUGUCAAUGAGGAUUCCCAGGAGAAGAAAAUAAUCGUGUCUGCUGAGCGCGUCUGGGAGAUUCUCAAGCACAUCACGGACGAGGAGUGUUUUAUUCUGGGCAUGGAUCCCAAAUACGCGCGUCCCGAUUGGAUGAUUGUCACUGUACUUCCGGUUCCGCCACUCGCCGUACGUCCGGCCGUUGUCAUGUUUGGUGCGGCCAAGAAUCAGGAUGAUUUGACGCACAAACUGGCGGAUAUUAUCAAGGCCAACAAUGAGUUGAGGAAGAAUGAAGCGAGUGGCGCUGCUGCCCAUGUUAUACAGGAGAACAUCAAGAUGCUGCAGUUCCAUGUGGCCACACUGGUGGACAAUGAUAUGCCCGGAAUGCCACGGGCCAUGCAAAAGUCCGGAAAGCCCCUAAAAGCCAUCAAGGCACGUCUCAAGGGCAAAGAGGGACGUAUUCGUGGUAAUUUGAUGGGCAAACGUGUGGAUUUCUCCGCCCGUACCGUUAUUACACCUGAUCCUAAUCUCCGAAUUGAUCAGGUGGGCGUACCACGUUCCAUUGCACAGAAUUUAACCUUUCCGGAGUUGGUAACGCCGUUCAACAUUGAUCGCAUGCAGGAAUUGGUGCGGAGAGGCAAUUCUCAAUAUCCGGGCGCCAAAUAUAUUGUACGUGAUAAUGGCGAACGUAUAGAUUUAAGAUUUCAUCCGAAAUCCUCCGAUUUACAUUUGCAAUGUGGCUAUAAGGUGGAGAGACAUCUAAGAGAUGAUGAUUUGGUUAUAUUCAAUCGUCAGCCUACACUGCACAAAAUGAGUAUGAUGGGUCACAGGGUUAAAGUGCUUCCCUGGUCCACAUUUCGCAUGAAUCUAUCCUGUACUUCCCCCUACAAUGCCGAUUUCGAUGGCGAUGAAAUGAAUCUGCAUGUCCCACAGUCCAUGGAAACCCGUGCCGAGGUGGAGAACAUACAUAUUACGCCCAGACAGAUUAUAACACCGCAGGCCAAUAAACCGGUUAUGGGUAUUGUCCAGGACACUUUGACAGCGGUGCGUAAGAUGACCAAACGUGAUGUAUUCAUAACCAGGGAACAGGUGAUGAAUCUACUCAUGUUUCUGCCCACCUGGGAUGGCAAAAUGCCGCAACCCUGUAUAUUAAAACCGCGUCCCUUGUGGACGGGCAAACAGAUCUUCUCAUUGAUUAUACCCGGCAAUGUGAAUAUGAUACGCACACAUUCAACGCAUCCGGAUGAGGAGGAUGACGGGCCGUACAAGUGGAUAUCGCCGGGUGAUACCAAAGUAAUGGUCGAACAUGGUGAACUCAUUAUGGGUAUACUCUGUAAAAAGACGCUGGGUACUUCAGCGGGUUCCCUUCUCCAUAUUUGUUUCCUUGAGUUGGGUCAUGAUAUUGCUGGACGAUUUUAUGGUAAUAUUCAGACGGUGAUCAACAAUUGGUUGUUGCUGGAGGGACAUAGUAUUGGUAUUGGUGAUACCAUUGCCGAUCCGCAGACCUAUACGGAAAUUCAGACGGCCAUCAAGAAGGCCAAAGAUGAUGUCAUCAAUGUUAUACAGAAGGCUCACAAUAUGGAGCUGGAACCCACGCCGGGUAAUACAUUGCGUCAGACCUUCGAGAACAAGGUGAAUCGUAUUCUGAACGAUGCUCGUGACAAAACUGGCGGAUCCGCCAAGAAAUCCCUCACCGAAUACAACAAUCUAAAGGCUAUGGUCGUGUCCGGAUCCAAGGGUUCCAACAUUAACAUCUCACAGGUUAUUGCUUGUGUGGGACAACAGAACGUGGAGGGCAAGCGAAUUCCGUAUGGUUUCCGGAAGCGCACACUGCCGCAUUUCAUCAAGGACGAUUACGGUCCCGAGUCGCGAGGAUUCGUGGAGAAUUCGUAUCUGGCCGGCCUGACGCCAUCCGAGUUCUAUUUCCAUGCGAUGGGAGGACGUGAAGGUCUGAUUGAUACGGCCGUAAAGACUGCGGAAACUGGUUAUAUUCAGCGUCGUCUGAUCAAGGCUAUGGAGUCCGUGAUGGUCAAUGAUGGCGAAGUGCGUAAAGCUGUUGACGAGGACGUGCUAAAGAUGCGCAAAUGAGUUAUAUGCAAAGUCUUUACGGAUGAUGUCAUCAAAGAAAUGACGGAUAGCAGUGAUGCCAUACAGGAAUUGGAGGGAGAAUGGGAUAAACUGGUCACAGAUCGUGAUAAUCUACGCACAAUCUUUCCCAAUGGUGAUUCCAAAGUGGUUUUACCAUGCAAUCUACAACGCAUGAUUUGGAAUGUACAAAAGAUCUUUCAUAUCAAUAAGAGAUUACCCACGGACUUAUCGCCUAUGCGGGUAAUUAGAGGCGUACAAGGAUUACUGGAGAGAUGUGUUAUAGUCACGGGAAAUGAUCGCAUCUCCAAGCAGGCUAAUGAAAAUGCUACAUUACUUUUCCAAUGUCUCAUACGCUCCACACUCUGUACUAAAUAUGUUGCCGAGGAAUUUCGAUUGUCAACGGAAGCUUUUGAGUGGUUAAUUGGUGAGAUUGAGACACGCUUCCAGCAGGCUCAAGCGAAUCCUGGCGAAAUGGUUGGCGCCUUGGCGGCACAAAGUUUGGGUGAACCCGCCACACAGAUGACCCUGAAUACUUUCCAUUUUGCUGGUGUCUCCUCAAAGAACGUAACCCUGGGUGUGCCCAGACUUAAGGAGAUUAUCAACAUCUCCAAGAAACCAAAGGCUCCAUCUUUAACCGUCUUUUUGACUGGAGGCGCUGCUCGUGAUGCGGAAAAGGCCAAAAAUGUUUUAUGUCGCUUGGAGCACACAACUUUACGUAAAGUCACUGCGAAUACGGCCAUCUAUUACGAUCCGGAUCCACAGCGUACGGUCAUAGCCGAGGAUCAGGAGUUUGUCAAUGUCUACUAUGAAAUGCCCGACUUUGAUCCUACACGCAUUUCACCCUGGUUGCUACGCAUUGAAUUGGACCGUAAACGCAUGACGGAUAAAAAAUUGACCAUGGAACAGAUUGCGGAAAAGAUAAAUGUCGGAUUUGGUGAAGAUCUCAAUUGCAUUUUCAACGAUGACAAUGCCGAUAAGCUUGUGCUGCGCAUUCGCAUCAUGAACAACGAGGAGAACAAGUUCCAGGAUGAGGAUGAGGCCGUGGACAAGAUGGAGGAUGACAUGUUCCUGCGCUGCAUCGAGGCCAACAUGUUGUCCGACAUGACACUCCAGGGCAUCGAAGCCAUCGGCAAGGUGUACAUGCAUCUGCCGCAGACGGACAGCAAGAAACGUAUCGUAAUUACGGAGACGGGCGAGUUCAAGGCGAUUGGCGAAUGGCUGCUGGAAACGGACGGCACCUCGAUGAUGAAGGUGCUGUCGGAGCGGGAUGUGGAUCCCAUCAGAACAUCCUCCAACGAUAUUUGCGAGAUAUUCCAAGUGCUGGGCAUUGAGGCAGUGCGAAAGUCCGUGGAGAAGGAAAUGAAUGCCGUGCUGCAGUUUUACGGUCUCUACGUGAACUAUCGGCAUUUGGCCUUGCUGUGUGAUGUGAUGACAGCCAAGGGUCACUUGAUGGCCAUUACACGUCACGGCAUUAAUCGACAGGAUACGGGUGCUCUGAUGCGUUGCUCCUUUGAGGAAACUGUCGAUGUGCUGAUGGAUGCAGCGGCUCAUGCCGAAACGGAUCCCAUGCGUGGCGUCUCCGAGAACAUUAUUAUGGGUCAAUUGCCCAAAAUGGGCACCGGUUGCUUUGAUCUGCUGCUGGAUGCCGAAAAGUGUCGCUUCGGCAUCGAGAUUCCCAAUUCGCUGGGCAGCAGCAUGUUGGGCGGUGCCGCCAUGUUCAUUGGCGGCGGUUCCACGCCCUCCAUGACCCCGCCCAUGACGCCCUGGGUGAACUGCCAUACACCUCGCUAUUUCUCACCACCUGGACACGUGAGUGCCAUGACACCGGGUGGUCCAAGCUUCUCGCCGUCAGCCGCAUCGGAUGCCUCGGGAAUGUCGCCGAGUUGGUCACCAGCGCAUCCCGGUUCGUCGCCCAGUUCGCCGGGUCCGUCGAUGUCGCCGUAUUUCCCCGCUUCGCCCAGUGUAUCGCCGUCGUAUUCGCCGACCUCGCCGAAUUACACGGCCUCGUCGCCAGGUGGCGCUUCGCCCAACUAUUCACCAUCGAGUCCAAAUUAUUCGCCGACUUCGCCGCUUUAUGCGGCUGCCAGUCCCCGUUACGCCUCGGCCACGCCCAAUUUUAAUCCACAAUCAACGGGUUAUUCACCGUCAUCAUCGGGCUAUUCACCGACAUCGCCGGUGUAUUCGCCCACAUCGAACUUCCAGUCGAGUCCAUCGUUUGCCGGCAGCGGCAGUAAUAUGUAUUCGCCGGGAAAUGCAUAUUCGCCGAGCUCCUCAAAUUAUUCACCCAAUUCGCCGUCAUAUUCACCGAUGUCACCAUCGUAUUCACCCUCCAGUCCAUCGUAUUCACCGACCUCACCGUGCUAUUCACCGACCUCGCCCUCGUAUUCACCGACCUCACCGAAUUAUACACCCGUAACCCCAUCAUAUUCACCGACAUCGCCCAAUUAUUCCGCCUCGCCGCAUUAUUCACCGGCCUCGCCGGCCUAUUCACAAACCGGUGUGAAAUAUUCACCGACAUCGCCGACAUAUUCGCCGCCAUCGCCGUCGUAUGACGGUUCGCCGGGCUCGCCGCAAUAUACACCCGGCUCGCCGCAAUAUUCGCCGGCCUCACCGAAAUACUCGCCAACAUCGCCACUGUAUUCGCCGAGUUCGCCGCAACAUUCGCCGUCGAAUCAAUAUAGUCCCACUGGCUCCACAUAUUCGGCGACAAGUCCACGUUAUUCACCGAAUAUCUCAAUUUAUUCGCCCGGCAGCACCAAAUAUUCACCGACAUCGCCAACUUAUACGCCAACGGCGAGAAAUUAUUCACCAACAUCACCGAUGUAUUCACCGACAGCGCCAUCCCAUUACAGUCCCACAAGUCCGGCGUAUUCACCGAGCAGUCCGACCUUUGAGGAGAGCGAUGACUAAAGAACCACAUGAUUAAGAUGAUGACGUAACAAUUUGAUUUGUCUAACAUUUAGUUAAUUUUUUUUACAAUACACUUUCCCACACACACACACACACACACACACAAUGUCUUUAACUAAUAUCAAUAUCUAUACAUAUAUAUGUAUAUAUCAAUAUCUAUGUAUCGAAAGCGAUAUUUCUAGUUAUCUAGUUGGUUGUCAACUUAUUUCCCUUUUUUUUUUCAUUAUAUUCUGUGUCAAUCUAUAGAGUAAAACAAAAAAAAAAAAACUACACCCAUGUUACCAGAUUUUAUAACUUAAGCAUCAAAAGUUUCUCCAACAAAAUAUUUAAUCUAUUAAGCAUAAAAUACAACAACAA